CGAGCACACACCACACCAGCAGUGUCCAGCGCAGGUGCUUGCACGCAUUAGAUCGCGGCCGGACAGACAUGGCCGGAGGCAGCCCAAUGCAGUCGGUGCUGGUGGCCCGCGGGGUGAAGGGCAGGAAGCUGCACGCCUUCAAGCGCAAUGGGAAGGACGCCGGCGUCACCGGCGUCAUGCGCUCCAUCGCCGGCACCGAGGAGCAGGGCGCCUUCUUCGUCUUUGACCUCGCCACGGUCGUCGACUUGUACAGCCGCUGGUGCCGCGCGCUCGACGGCGUCCGACCCUACUACGCCGUCAAGUGCAACCCCGAGCCGGCCAUGCUCGGCGCCAUGGCGGCGCUCGGCGCGGGCUUCGACUGCGCCAGCCGCGCCGAGAUCGAGGCCGUCCUCGUGCUCGGCGUCGUCGAGCCCGGGAGCAUCGUGUACGCCAACCCGUGCAAGCCCGAGGCGCACCUCAGGUACGCGGCCGAGGUCGGCGUCAACCUCGCCACCUACGACACCGAGGACGAGGUGGCCAAGGUGAAGCGCUGCCACCCGAGCUGCGACCUCCUCCUCCGCAUCAAGGGCCCCGACAACCCCGACGCCAAGAUCGACCUCGGCACCAAGUACGGCGCGCGCGCCGACGAGGUGGUCCCGCUCCUGCGGGCCGCGCAGCGCGCGGGGCUCCGCGUGGCCGGCGUGGCGUUCCACGUCGGGGCGUGCACGUCCCGCGUCGACGUGUACCGCGGGGCCAUCGAGGCCGCCCGCGCGGCGUUCGACGCGGCCGCGCAGCUCGGCAUGCCGCCCAUGCGCGUGCUCGACAUCGGCGGCGGCUUCAUGCCGGACGCCACGUUCGACGAGGCGGCGGAGGCCAUCGGCGAUGCGCUCGCGCAGCACUUCCCGCCCGGGUGCGGCGUGGAGGUGAUCGGCGAGCCGGGGCAGUACUUCGCCGAGAAGGCCUUCACGCUCGCGGCGCGGGUCAUCGGGAGGCGCGCGCGCGGCGAGGCGCGCGAGUACUGGAUCGACGACGGCAUCUACGGCGCCCUCAGCUGCACCAUCUUGGGCGACUACGUGCCGCGCCCGAGGCCGCUGGCGCCCCCGCGUCCCGGCGGCGAGAACAUGUGCAGUACGUACGCGUCGACGGUGUUCGGGCCGACGUGCGACUCCCGCGACAAGGUGGUGACCGGGUACCAGCUGCCGGAGAUGAACGUGGGGGACUGGCUCGUGUUCGACGGCAUAGGCGCGUACGCCGCCUCGUCGGGCACCAACUUCAAUGGAUUCUUGAUCGCCGACAUAAAGACGCACUUGGCCUACUCCACCUAGCUCCAAACGUCCAAUGGCUCCGGGAAGGAACAUGCACAUGCACAUCCAUGCAUGGGCACGUCCGAAAUUAUUGGCGUCGAUUGGUGUUUGUAUUGCAUGUUCCUUUCUUCUUUGUUUUGUUUUUUUUUUUGCAGCGCGGGGCUUUCUUCUUGACAGUCUAUAUCUUGUUGUA